CAACAUUCCGAGUAAUUUUCUAAAAAAUUAAAAUAUCCUUUUAUUUUCCAUGUUUAAAGCCUAAUUAAUAGUUUAUAAGUUAAGUUAAUUAACUGAAAUAAGAUUUGGUACUAAGAAAUGGCGGAAAGUAAUCCCUUAGAAAUAGUCCCUGAAAAGCUUUUUCAGACCCACUUUAUAAGUGAAAUUGAUCAUGUACAGAAGAAAUUACAAUAUGAAAUUGAACGAAAGAAAGAAGAGCUACGUGCUAUGGUUGGUGAAAGAUACAGAGACUUAAUACAUGCAGCAGACACAAUAGAAGAAAUGAAAGAAACAACUGGAAGCACAUUGCAGCAUAUAAGUGAAAUGAUGGUCGCCUGCAAAAACUUACAUGACACACAUUUAGUUGGUUUCAAAAUAGACAACAGGCCCCAAAGUUUUCAGGUUAACAGAAACCCUCUAAAUGCAAUGGCGGUGCAAGUUAAGUUGUUGAUGGAAAUACCAGAAAAAAUAUGGAAGUACAUUGGUGAAAAUAACUUUGUGAAGGCUGCACAGUUGUUUAUUUUGGCAAGGCAUAUUAAUACCGGUCUCCAGCUACAGAUCGGUGGUAAGAACACAAAGCCUGGACUGCAGUCGCUGCAGAGGAUCGUGCAGCAGCAGUGGACAUCCAUUACCAACUUGAGCCAGACCAUCAUCGAUUUGUGUGGACAGAAACUGCAAGACGUUGAUAUUAAUGUAGAGGUAUCCUGCUCCUGCCUCAUAGCUCUAUACAUACUCGACUCGCAGACGAUGGUUCAACUCCUCAACACGCUAAUAGAGGUCCACAGUAACACCAGUCUAAAGAAUACACUACAGUUUGAUCUAGACCAGAUAUUGGACGGUGAUGUGAAAGCACAGAUAAAGAAGAAGAUUGUGAAUGGUGUGAAGAUUGUUUUGAAGACGGUUGAGCUUGUGCAUGCUUGUUUUGUUGAAAACAACGGAGGGGAGGUUUUGGAGAAACUUAAAGAGCUGUAUGCGCCUGAGUCACAGCCACUUAUAGAACUAGUACAGUUCAGUGACUCUGUAGCGCUACAGUACUUGCCUACUGUGAUCACUAAAUAUAGGCUGUCAACCAACAAGGAAAUCACAGGUCUGGCGAAGAGCGAAGUGACAGCGAGCGUCCAAAACUGGAGCACAUGGGUGAGCGGGUACAUCAGCGCGAAUGUGUCGGCUUUGCUUCACACCGUGACUAGAGUCAGAGUACUGCAUGAAAUACGUGAGGAGACAUUUAGGAUUGAAUCCCCACCAAACUGGGACACGAUAUGCCAAUCACUCAACAUCCCUGAAGUCCACGUAUGGUCCCACUACUUCCAACCACUUAUAACGGCUCGAGUCAAAGCCAUCAUAGACGGCAGAUGGGACAAGCUGUAUGAUACCUUCAAAACCCAGCUGCUAAUAGACUUGACUAAGACGGAUAAUGUGAAAAAAGAGGCGAAUAUCAACUGGUUUGUGUGGAAAGAUCUGAUUGGUGAUACGGUGAUCGAGUCGAGGAGUGAAGUUGUGAAGGUGAUGAAUAGUUUGAUGAAAGGUAUGUCCCAUCAAGACAGAGGGUACACACCUAACCUGGAAAAACUCUGCACCAGUCUAGACGAAGAGCUACAGAAACUUCUGGAAGAUGUCAAAGAAUAUCUGUACCCGGAGAAAAAGAAGGACAAGCUAAUUUAUACCUAUGAAGAAGACGAGACAGAAAAUAUGUAUGUGGAUAGAGCAGAGAUUGAGCAGUAUUUAAGAGAUACAUCUGACAGGCAUAUACAGAGUAUGCUGCAAUACAUAAGGGCGUGUUUUGAAGAGCACACUUUAAAAUCUACGGAACUCCAACGCAAAACUACAGCAAUAUACACCGCGCGAUUCACGCAAGCGAUAACCACCCUUAUGCCGCACUUCCGUAAGUGCUAUAUUGGCGAGGACUUCGACGAUGGUGCGGUAAAAAGUUGGAAUAAUGUUUGUGGUGUACUAAAGAACUCUUGUAUAGAAUGUUGGAGGAAAUGGCUGGAUAUAGUCAUAGUUGAUAUACAAGCGUUAACCGCGGGUUUACCUCAGAAGUUUACUUUGGAGGCGAAUAUAGAUUACUUGAUGAUGCAAUGGGACGUCAUAAAAAUUGAAGAAAAAGACGACGAAGGGACCGCCAUAGAAUCGACAAUAAAAGUACCGAUAGGCCCCUCACUCAAACUACAAGAGUACCUUUAUUCUAUCAGCCGAAUAUUAGAUCAAGUAGUACCGCAUACCCUACCGAAUGAAAUACAUGCGGCGUUCAUAGACAACGUUACGUCUAUCUCUUUCGCACACUACAACAAAGUGGUGCGAGAGAAUGAGACGGACAUAAACCAGAGAUGCGCUCUUCAGUUGCUAAUGGAUAUACGAUAUAUGACGCUACUUAUGGUGCCGAGAGAGAAUAAGAAAGGGAUAGAAUUCUCGCAGGAGAUUUGUGAGUUUCUGAGGAGUAAAAUCGAUCCCUUCGACUAUGAUGUCUUCUAUCCUUAUAUACAGACGAAUUUGAAGAGAUCCGUGCAGAGAGUACAGACGCUACUGGGCAGCCUCGUGCUGCAGCACAGCGAGGUGUGCGGCAUAGUGGGCGGGGCUCGCGGCGACCGCGCGGCGAUGCUGGCGCCCGCUAACCCGCACUGGUUCACCGUGCUGCCCGUCGCCGCGCCGCUCAGACACGACCGCCCGAUGAAGAAGAAACAGUCCCCUGGGCCCAAGAAGUCGGAGAUCUCGGAGCUGAUGACGAGCUCUUUACCGCUGAACUUCGCAAGCGCGCGCUCCAACGCCGCAUCGUUCUUUAACUCGAUGACGUCAGACUGGUUCAGCGGAUGAAAAUAGUAUUCAAGAGAUUAUUGUAUCAAAAUCAAGAUAUUUUUUACCAAAAUUAUCAUAAUUUUAGAAC